AUGGAUAAGUCAUGGAUUAUUAAGCCACAAUCAUCGAUUGCGUAUCAAAAAGGGAUACAAGAAUUUAUUUAUUUUGCAUUUAAAGGUGCAAAAGAAAACGACGGAUACACCAUGUGGAUCCAUCACGGAGAGUCUUUUGUACGAUCUAGUACUAUAUCCCCUAGUACUACUCCAAGUAUGGUAGAAGAUACUAACAUUGUCAAAGAACCUAUUCAGAACAUGAUCAACGAUGCAUUUGGAGUUUAUGGGAAUCAUGCAAAUGAAAUACCAUCUGCGUCAAAUUUGGAGAUUGAACAAGAAGAUUAUGUGAUGCCAAGCUCAACUCAGGAAAGAAACGAAGCCAAGGAGUAUUAUGAGUUGGCUAGAGAAGGAGAACAACCUUUAUAUGAAGGGUGUAGACGAUAUUCAAGACUAUCUUUUUUGGUUAAGUUGUACCAUAUAAAGUGUUUAUGUGGAUUGAGUGAGAAGGCAAUGACAAUGAUUUUAAAGUUAAUAAAAUAUGCAUUUGAAUAUGCAAACAUUCCAAGUUCAUUCUAUGAAGCCAAGAAAUCAAUCACAAAACUUGGUUUGAAUUAUGUAAAGAUACCCGCAUGUCCAAACGGUUGUAUGCUUUAUUGGGGAGAAGAUGAGGAGAAGGAGACUUGCAAAAAUUGCAACACUUCAAAAUGGAAAACAAAUGAGGAUGUCUCUGUUAACAAGAAAAAAAAAGAAAAUUCCUGCCAAGGACUUGCUUGCCCAUUGUGUAACUUUCAAACUACACCUCUCCAUCUUAAAGCUAGUCGUAAAUGGUGUUUUAUGGGUCAUCGUCGUUUCCUUGAUCGGAGACACAGGUUUAGAUUGAACAAGAUCCGCUUUAAUGGUGAACAAGAAAUGCGGAGUCCACCGAGAACAUUAUCUGGACAUGAAGUUUUUGAAAAGGUUAAAGAUGUUGAAGUCAUCUUUGGUAAAAAGGCAGUGAAAGAAAAAUCAGUAAAAAGAACACGUGAGGAACAACCUAUAGAAGGUGAUAGUACACAAUGUGAUCCUACAAAAGAAGUUAAACUUGGAGGUCCUGUUCAUUAUCGAUGGAUGUAUCCUGUUGAAAGGUACUUGGGAAAACUUAAAUCGUAUGCUCAUAGACACGUUUUAACAAACUGUCCAAUAGUUGACGACUAUCUAAAGCAGUUCCGAAGUUUUAGUCAAAACCAAAUGAGGCGCAGUCAAAGAAGUGCUACUGAGAUAGACAAGAAGGUUCAUAAGGAGUUUGCGCAUUGGUUCAGCAAUCGUAUUCGCAACAAUCUUGACAACAUUCAUGGGCCAGAUAAAGAUGUUCUCAUUAGUCUUUCUCAUGGACCUUUUGAUAAAUCUGUGAAGGGCCGUUCAAGGUUUGUACAACCUGGAGAGCUUGAAGUAAAUAAGAAGCGUCUACGUUCAAUUACAACUCGCAAAUCAUCAAUAACCCCUCCACCAAUGGAAACUACAAUAACCCCUCCACCAAUGGAAACUACAAUAACCCCUCCGUCAAUCCAAAUUGCAAAAGAUGUUGUGGUAGAAGAUGAGGAUGAAGAUGACACGGUAGGAGAUGAGGCUGAUGAUGUUGUGGUAGGAGAUGGGACUGGAGAUGUUGUAUUAGAAGAUGCGGCUGAAGAUGUUGUGGUAGGAGAUGAGGCUGAAGAUGAUGUGGUAGGAGAUGAGGCUGAAGAUGUUGUAUUAGGAGAUGAGGCUGGAGAUGUUGUGGUAGGAGAUGGGACUGGAGAUGUUGUGGUAGGAGAUGGGACUGGAGAUGUUGUUAAAGUGGCUAAAUCUGAGUAUUGGGAUGUAAAUGUCAUUAGUAAGUAA